UCCCACCGCGCCGCCACUCCACCUGUUUUUCCUCGGGAUCCCUCCCGGACCAACCCGCAUCAAACCCCCGAUCCAAAAAGUAUCCUCUCGAUCUCUCCCCACCAACCGAGGCCUCCCCUCGAUCCAACCCUCCUCUGCCUCCCUGCCCGUUCUGGAUCGGAGCCCGAGCAGAUGAGCCCCGUCGCGCCCUCUCCUUCCUCCGUUUUUCCUUCUCUCUGUAUCUCAUCUCUCCCUCGUCGCUGUCUCCGUGCAGAAAACUCGUCGCCGGCCUUCCCUGCCUCGUCCAAGUGGGGUUUCAGUGCCUCGCCGCCCGGAUCCAACCAUCUCCGCGUCAUCCGCGCCGCCAACCCUGCCACGCUCGCGCCCGGGUCCAGCCGCCGCUGCCCUCCCGACCUUCGUCUGUUCCGCGAUCCUGCUGAAGCCGCACCAAGUUCUAUUGCUGCUCUGUAUCGCUGCGUGCAGCUGAUCCAGUGGCUCCCCAGCGCCUCGUUCGUCCCUGCCAGCGCCCGCGUGUGCGCAAGGGCCGCAAGGCUAGGGGCGCCCGGCUCCUUCCGCUUACCUAGCCAGCCAAGGGCCAGAAUCGCCAUGGCCGCCGGCCUCUGUUUUCCCGCUUCACUCAGCCACUUGUGCCAAAUCCUCUUGGGCAGCUGCGGUAUGCUGCAAACCGGCCUGUGCGUGUUUUUUUCCAGUUCCAGCGAAAUUAGCUUUAUUCCUGGGAUUUUCUAUUUUGUUAAAAAAAAACCUAAACUUCAUGCAUUUAAUAUCUCACCAACCGUGCAUCCAAAUUGAACAAACUUAAUAUGAAAAUUGCUUAGAAUUGUGUGUAGUUUCAUAUUAUGUCAUUUUCA